AUGGUUGCGUGCGGUUUCAGUACACUUGCUCCCGCUCUGAUUUUCUCGCAUACAAUUGGCCCCACAGACAUCGGCUACACUCUUUACAAUGGAGAAAGCAGAGGCACUUUGAAGUCGGUGGAAGGGUUCGAGACUUCCCUCAAUGCUACAGUCGUGCACAUGGAUGACUUUUUCAAUCUCUAUGGCGACGGAUCCAACUACUCUAUCGAGCCUCGUGGUCUGGUUCUGACUGAUGAUGGCGUUGCCAUCAGCGUGCACGCAACUGGUCUCUUUGCCCGGACCCCAGAGAUUGCGAGCCUAUUGGCCGGUGAUCCUGGCACGCCGUCUGAAGAUUGGGGGCAAUCUUAUUCAGCAUGGACGUUUGACGUCAGCAAGAAUAGCACCAAGUACAGAAACCUGGCAGAUUCCAUGUUUGUCGGCAAUUUCCGCCUGAUGCCAGGGAAUAGCGACAAAUCAUCUUACUUUGACGUGGAGUAUCGGCUGAGCAAGAUCACGCCCGGGCCACACAUCCAAGGGGAUUGUCCAGAGGCGAAGUAG